UUUCUAGCCAUAGCAGGAAAGUUUAUGCGGAUCUUCAACCUGAUAUGCCUCAUGCUUCUUCUGGGUCACUGGAACGGUUGCCUGCAGUUCCUCGUGCCCCUAAUCCAGGAAUUCCCCCAUGACUGCUGGGUAUCGGCGGAGGGGCUUACGAAAGCACACUGGACCGAGCAGUACACAUUUGCAUUGUUCAAGGCGUUGUCACAUAUGCUGUGUAUAGGAUACGGCAGGUUCCCCCCACAAAACAUGUCCGACACUUGGCUGACCAUCUUGAGCAUGCUCAGUGGAGCGACGUGCUACGCGCUGUUCUUGGCACACACCACAACGCUGAUACAGUCUUUUGAUACAUCCAGGCGGCUGUAUAAUGAAAAGUUCAAACAAGUGGAAGAAUACAUGGUAUAUCGGAAACUGCCUCGCAGCUUGCGCCAAAGGAUCACGGACUACUAUGAACAUCGAUACCAAGGCAAAAUGUUUGAUGAGGACACGAUACUGUCAGAGCUGAAUGAAUGUCUUAAGCAUGAAGUUGUAAAUCACAACUGCAGAUCUUUAGUGGCCUCAGUUCCAUUCUUCACUAACGCUGACCCUUCCUUUGUGUCCGAAGUUGUCAGUAAACUCAGAUUUGAGGUUUACCAGCCAGGAGAUUACAUAAUAAGAGAAGGCACAAUGGGAACAAAAAUGUAUUUCAUCCAAGAAGGUAUAGUGGACAUUAUUACAUCAGAUGGGGAAGUGGCCACAAGUCUUUCUGACGGAUCUUAUUUUGGUGAAAUUUGCCUUCUGACAAAUGCUCGCCGUGUUGCCAGUGUCCGUGCGGAGACCUAUGCAUGCUUGUAUUCCUUGGCAGUGGAACAUUUCAACAGUGUCUUGGACAGAUAUCCAGUAAUGAGGCGUACCAUGGAAAGUGUAGCUGCUGAACGUUUAACAAAAAUUGGCAAGAAUCCCAGCAUUGUAAGUAGCAGAGCUGAUCUGGAAGAAGACCAGAAGCUAGUGAAUGAGAUAGUCAUGGAGUCCACGCCAAUCCCCACAAGCGCCAGUGAAGAUGAAGAUCGAGACUCAGAUGAUAGCUCAGAUGGAAGCAAGCACAAGAAGAAGAGUUCUUUCAAGUUUGAUUUCUCAACUAAACUGCAUAAAAUUUCAGAGGAGAGAAAACAUAAAACAAAAGAUCACAGCAAAGACAGAGACUUUGGUGACAGCAAACAUCAUGGCCAUUCAUGGACGAAAUUACCAAAAGUACAUUCAGGCUCAAACUUGUUUGGUCUGAAAGUUCCAACUCUUCCAGAGAGGAAGCGAUCUGGCAGUGUCGGUGAUGCAUUUGGUUUGGCAAGUACCCGACUGACUCAGAGUCUUGAUGAGGCUGAUGAAGAGGAAGGCCAUGUCCCAGACACUAAACGCAGAGGAAGCUUCCUUGGUGGGCGCAUUCUUAAAGCAUUUGAGAUGAAAGACCUAAACAAGCCUAAACACCACAAAGAUGACAAAAAAUCACAGUCUGCAUUAUCAGGAGAUAUGACAAAAUCGAUUUCCGAUGAUUAUACAGAAUGUAUGAGUGCUGCUCCAACAUCAGAAGAGAGUGCCCGACUGAUCACUCCUUGUGAACCGAAGGAUUCAAAGAAUUCUGUGAGUGAAAUAACAAAAGACUUUGACCCACUAAAGACACAGUCAGAUGAAAGAAGCCCUGUGAAAAGAAAUAUUUCAUCCAGUGAAAGUAAACCGUUUGGUGGUCUCAAGUCCUUAAAAUCUUCCUUAAAAUCAUCCAGUGUGGCUAGUUCAGAUGCACCCACAGAAAUUUCUGAAAUUGAAUGUUCAGAAGUAGGCAGCACACAUGCAUCUCCAGGUUCAAAGGUUAAGAUUGAAAUAUCUCACAAGGGUGAACACACUGAUGAGAAAUCCCGAGACAAACCCAAGGAUCAGACACCCAAAGUUGUCUUUUUCACAGACCCCAUUGUUCAAGCCUAUGGGAAAACUAAAAGCAAUACUAGUUGA